GAUUUACAUUUUGAAGUGAAAUUAUCCCAUUUUCUGGGAGCGGACAGUCGCGUGGCGAUGGCGUCAACACCGGAAGCGAGCGCUGUUCACGCGUGUUCACUGCAGCUGUAAUGUUGACUCAAGUUGUGUUUGAUGCUUGGAAGUUCUGCGCUGCUAUCAGUGGUUCGUGGAUGGACGAUGAUGAUGGCGGACAGUGUGGGCAGGCUGUGUUUUGAUCGUAAGGCUGUUCUGGCCCCUAUGGUGCGGGUGGGCACUCUACCCAUGAGGCUGCUGGCACUGGACUAUGGAGCAGAUAUUGUGUACUGUGAGGAGCUGAUUGACAUCAAAAUGGCCCAGUGUGAGAGAGUAAUAAACGAUGUGUUGGAGACAGUUGAUUUUGUUGCUCCGGAUGAGCGCGUGAUGUUUCGCACCUGCAGUAAAGAGAAGAGCCGUGUGGUCUUUCAGAUGGGAACGGCUGAUCCAGAGAGAGCCCUGGCUGUGGCUAAACUUGUGGAGAACGAUGUGGCGGCCGUUGAUGUGAAUAUGGGCUGUCCCAAGGAAUACUCCACGAAGGGAGGAAUGGGUUCGGCACUUCUCUCUGACCCUGAGAAAAUCGAAGCUAUUCUGAGCACUCUUGUGAAUGGAAUCUCAAAACCCGUUACAUGUAAAAUCAGAAUCCUUCCUACACUGGAGGACACGGUGAAUUUAGUGAAGAGGAUUGAACGAACGGGAGUGGCGGCCAUAGCAGUGCACGGCAGGAUGAAAGAGGAGAGGCCGCGGCACCCGGUCCACUGUGAUUACAUACAGGCCGUCGCUGAGAGUGUGUCCAUACCUGUCAUUGCCAAUGGUGGCUCUUCAGACAUAGUGAAGACAUUUGAGGACAUCGAGACGUUUCGAGUUGCUACAGGAGCGUCAUCUGUCAUGAUCGCCCGGGCGGCCAUGUGGAAUCCUUCAGUCUUCCGCCAGCAGGGGGUGCUGCCUGUGGACGCGGUCAUGGAGGAGUACAUCAAAUACGCUGUUCGCUAUGACAAUAACCCGUUCAACACCAAAUACUGCUUAUGUCAGAUGCUCCGAGACAGAGUUGAGUCUCCAUUUGGAAAACGGUUACAUGCAGCUCAGACCAAUGAAGAAAUAUGUGAGGUGUUUGGAUUGACUGACUUCUACAUGAAGACCAACGCUCAACUGGAGGCUAGAAAAGCGGCCCUACAGACCAACGGUGAUCAGUCGGAAAACCCUAAACUGGAGGAUGAUGUCAUUACGAUGCCCGUCCGCUUUGAAAGACGAGAUUAUCCACCUCAGAUCACUCCAAAAAUGUACCUGCUGGAAUGGAGCCGAAAGGAAAAGCUCGAUCAGCCUGUUUAUGAGACGGAACAGCGAACUCAAGAUCGAGCAUUUCAGUCCACGGUUGUUGUGGCCGAUAAGAAGUACCGCUCCACGCUGUGGGAGAAGUCGAAGAAGUUUGCGGAGCAGGCCGCUGCUAUCGUGUGUUUACGCACUCUUGGGCUUCCAGAGGGUCGGAUCGGAGAGGAGAACAGUGGACUGGUAAAUAAACGCAAGAGGGACGACAACAAAUGUGCAGCGCUAAAUGACAAUGAGUCAGCAGCUCGAAAGAGACACAUAAGUGAAGUCCCACCAGAAGAGGAAGAGGAAAUGAGAUGCAGGACGAAAGUUGUGAAUGGUGACUGUGGUCAGACCACAAGUUAACAUUGGCCACACUAUUUCAUUCCUCUUUAUUUCAAAGCAAAGUGCCGUUUUAUCUGACAAAUUACCGUGUUUGCUUUUAAGUUUAAAUCCAGUGUUAUCAAGUGCCAUUGCAGACUAGUAGUGUUUUCUAUUAGAAAUACUGGUUUGUAAUUUGUUGUAUGCCACUGUUUUGCAUGGACGAUUUUUCUUAAAUACUUCUAUAAUUAUUUUGAUGGAUUUCCACUCUUCACCAGAAGGGCGCAGUGUAGCUCCAAUUACUUACAGUACAAGGAAGUCAAAACUGCUACCAUACUGUCAUGAAACUUUUAUUUCUCCUUUAGCAUCUGGAAAUAAACCAUUUUAACUAUA